CGCACCUGCCCUCAGCGUAGCACCGCACCGAGUCACGUCUCCGGCCCGGGCCCUCCCGCCGCGCUCUGGCGCAGACGGCCGCUGGAGGGGCCGGCGCGCUGGCGCGGCACGGGAGGGCCGCGCGCAGGCAUGCUGGGCGGCACGCUCCUCUGGCUCCGGAACGACCUCCGCAUCCUCGACCAGCCGCUCGUGGAUGCAGUGGCCACGGGCGAGCGGGCCUGGAUCUACGUCUUCGACACGCGCUUCCUUUCCAGGGCCGUGCCCUUGCCCGGCGGCGUGGGCUCGGUGCCAAAGGCCUCGGCGCGGCGGGCGCGCUUCCUGCUGCAGAGCGUCCGCGACCUCUCGGGCCGCCUGCGGCGCGAGCUGGGGGCGGAGCUGCUGGUGCGCGUCGGCCCCCCCGAGGAGGCGCUCUGCGAGGCCGCGGGGCAGCUUGGCUGGGCGGCGUGGGACGUCUGCUGCCAGCGCGACUGGGCACCGAGGAGGAGGGGGUGCAGCGCCGGGUGGAGGCCAGGGCCGCGGCGAGCGGCGGGUCGCUGCGCGCAUCCUGGGGGAGCCAGUUCCUGUACUGCCCCGACGUCGUGGCGGCUCAGCUCGGGACGGACCCAGGCUCUACCCUGGUCAACCCGCACCACUUCUGGCCAGACGGCGCGGAUCCCGAGGCAGUCGUACCCAUCUCGGGGGCUCGUAGAGGGUGGGCUGCAUCCCAUGGCGGGGUGAUUGGAAACGAGCCUGGCCGG